AGUCUCAGAGCCGAAUGUAUGAUGGGAUACAUGUAAGUUAAAUGGUGAAAAUGGCGACGCUCUGUGCGAUCUAAAUAUCUCAGCUUUAUUACCUUUACAAUGGAAUCAAAUUGAAUUUCAUCGUUUGGAGAUGGAAUUGUAAGGAAUGGCGGAGAAUUUGAGAGGAGGUGGUCCCUUUGCCCUGUGUUCCCUUCAUUCUGCUGCAGUUGAAACACGUGCUAAUUCAGAUCCCGUAUUGGGUGCAAACCAGAGUCCUAUUCUUGCCAGGCCUUUAAAGUUGGAUGCUGCAAAGAUGGAAACAAAUAAUAAUCACGAGGAGGAGGGGUUGAAGCAUUCCAUUGGAGACGUUGAGAAAUCAAUGGAGUUUGAUAAAGGUAGUGUGGAUGACAGUGAUGAGGAAGAGGUCUGGGAGUCGGUCAGUGAACUUGCCAGUGAUGAAGAAUAUGUAACCGAUGACGGUGAAGACGAGGAAGAAGGAGGAGAAGGAGAAUUUGAGGAGGAUGAAGAAGAAGAAGAUGAUGAGGAUGAAGAAGAUGGAGAAGAGGAUGAUGAUGAGGAGGACGAUGAUGACGAUGAGGAGGAGGAGAUCGAAGAAGGCAACGAGAUGGACGACGGCACCAUAUCCAGUGGAGAUGAGGGAGGAGAGAAGUGUGCCAUAUGCCUCUGUUCGUUCAACAAUCAAGAGGUCGGCUCACCUGAAAGCUGCGAUCAUACAUUCUGCUUUGAGUGCAUCUAUGAAUGGUCAAAGAAUGUGACUACGUGUCCAGUUGACCGAAGUGUGUUCACACUCAUCCUAGUUCGAAAUACUUUCCAUGGAGAGAUUGUAAGACAGAUGGAAGUCAAAGCUCAAGAAGCCCUCGAUGAAGACCAAGAUCCAACAUACUGCGAGGUCUGUGGAGAAUGUGAUCGGGAGGAUCGUUUGCUUCUAUGUGAUGAGUGUGAUGCUGGAUACCAUUGUGAAUGCCUCACCCCGCCACUCGUUCACAUCCCCAUUGAAGAAUGGUAUUGUCCAAAUUGUGCAACACCUGACCAUGAAGAUGAGAGCAGUGAGGAGGAGUAUAUGUCUAACUUGCGUCGUCCCGUGAGGAGGGUUAGGGAGUAUGCACGUGCCAUUGCUAGGACACAGGUAGCAGAGAGAGUCCUGUCACGGGUUCGCCAAGCGAGGGAGCUGCGACGAAUCGAUGAGCAAGAACAGACUGGUGCUGCUAGCACAAGCGCUCCGAGGGUACCCAAAGCACGGAGGAAAACGGUACGCAAGCGAAAGACCACCAAGCGCAAGACCACCAAACGCAAGACCACCAAACGCAAGCGCAAGACAACCAAAAGGAAGACGACCACGAGAAAGAAGAGGAAGUCCACGACAACCACAACAGCCUCUGGGACCAAGAAAAAGCGUAGGAAAACCCGGCGCAAAAAACGAAAGGUUCGGAGGACCUCUGUUGGAGCUCGUACUGCCCGGCCCUCGGUAGCCAAGACUAUACGUCGCAGGAUAGCUGGUAAGCUGAACCUGGUCAAACCUAAGGUUGGGUCCAUGAUGCCUGACAUCAAACAAAAGGGAGAGCACAGCUUGCUCUUGAAGCGGCAUGAGAUCGGCGUCGCUUCCCUGUCUCUCACUGGAAGCGAACAUCUGUUUGACCCAAGUGGCUAUGAUGAGUCACAUGUGAUCAGAGGCCCCGGUGCUCAGAGUGCCCCAACUCCAGCAAGACCCUCUACCUCUAGCGCAUCAACAAGCAGCGGGCCUCUGGACCUACUAGGUAGUAUUAUGCAAGGUCAGAACAUUCUGCACAUGAAGAGCGAGAACAUCACCAUUCAUAAAGAUGGUACCCUAAGUUCAGCAAAGAAGAAACCAGAUGAGAAAUCGACUGCUAAGAAAUCUCCAAUGAAGACAGCUCAUAGAUCCUCAACUUCAUCCACUACUAGUCAUAAAUACAACUCAGAGAAAGAAAGCUCCAAACCUGUGAAAGAUGUGACCUCUCAGCGUCAAAGGUCAUCUGAAGGUCAUGCUCAAGGUCACCGCCAAGUUCAAAAGACUUCUGAUACUCGCAGAAGCGGGAUGCAGUCGUUGAGCGGGGAAGCAUCGCAAAAUAUUCACCAUGGUAUUAAAGACGAUGAUUUGGAGCCUGUACAAAUGGAUAUUGAUGAUGAUGAUGAUGACGAUGGAGAUUCGAACUUCAUGAGCAAGGGGAAGGAGUCGUUUAUAGGUACCAAUGUUGGUAGGAUGCAACAAAGUCAUGGCACGAACAGCCACUCAGAAUUCUUGAGAACUAAAGUGGAUUGUCAAGUGGAUGAGUUGUGCUUGCAGAAUAUACCUCUUCAGCCAAAUGAAGGACAGGAGAGCCAGGACAUGGAUGAUAGUGGAAACGAUGAGAGCGAUGGUGACGUUGGUUACCAUGGUAACAGUGACAACCAGGAUGGUGAUGGAGGAUACGAGCAGGACGGCGGGGAGGAGGAUCAAGGCGAUCAGGAGGAGAAUCCAAUCAAUAAUAACAAUAAUAAUGAUGGAGAAGACGAUGGUGGAGAUGAAGAAGGUGGUGAUGAAGGCGAGGGGGGAGAUGGAGAUGAAGCGGAAGAAGAGGAGGAGGAGGAGGAGGCAGAGGAGGAAGAAGCAGAGGAGGAGGAUGAGGAGGCAGAAGGAGAAGGAGCGGAGGCUGUGGAUGAGGAGGCAGAAGAAGCAGGAGCGGAGGGUGUGCCUCUUGCUGAGAAGGAUCAAGAACUGUAUGCUGAUCUGGAGUAUACUGAUAAAAAGAAUUACGGACAGACGGAAGAAGAGGACCAUCCUGCCAGAGAGGAGGCGAACAUCAGGAAUGCUGCACCUGAUGACGAGGAAGCCAGUCAACUAAUGGGAGAUGCUGGCAAUCAGGACGAUGGCUGUGAGGAUGAAAAUGAAAAAGGGGAGGAAAGUGAGGAAGAGCAGUUAGCAGAAGAGGAAGAGUGUGAUGUUGAAGAGGAGCAAGAAGUGGAUGAGGAGGAGGAGGAGGAAGAAAUUGAGGAGGGAAAACCAGGAGCCGAAGAAGAAGAACAAAAUGAGGAGUUUAAAGAUACCAUAGAUCAGCAAGAAACCGAAGAAGGAAUUGCAGGAGAGGAGGAGGGAGAAGAAGCAGAACAAGUUGAAGAAGAACAAAAAGGAGAUGAUGAUGAAGAAGAAGAAGAGGAUGGAGAAGCAGAAGAGAUUGGUGAUGGCCAAGAGGAAUCAAGGACCAUUACUGACGAGAAAAGCAGUGAUAGGACUAGUUCUAGACCUUUGAUUGGUGAACUGGAAUGCGAGGAUAUUUCUGAUGAAGACAAUGUUCCGGAAGAUGACGGGCAACAAGGAAGUGAAUCCGAUGAAGAAGGUAUGAUCAUAGAGACAAGCGAUGGCCGUGUGAUUGAAGCCAAACCAAAAGCUCAGGACUCCAGGAAAGAGCAGAGGACAGAACCUGUUGAGAGUCAUCAAACGCCUGUAGAGGAGACAGAGUCUGCUGUGAAACAUGGUGCAUCGUCUGCAGAGGAGGGUGAAGUGAAAACGGAUGAUGAAUCAAAGAAGGGGAAGAAAGCGCGUGGCAAGCGGAAGCGCAAGAAACGCAACCGGGAUAAACGGAACGUUGUUGUGGAUCCUCGCAAGUCCAUCUCGCUGCAUCCGCAGUUGCCAGUCGAUAGGUUGCCAACACGUGGUGACGAGUCUUCUGGACGCAGGGAAGGCAGUCGCGAAGCAUUUGGUGACCUCCGACAGGUUAUUCAGGUUAAGCGAGACACGCCAUACACUGCUGAAGAACUUAGGAGAUAUCAUGAAUGCUGGGAGGAGUACAACCGUCGACGGGAUGAGAGGAGGGUAGAACGUGUGGGCACUGCUUGGGACCAGUAUACCUAUGAUCAGUAUGCGUACUACGAAGCUUGGAGGAGUAUGGGUGGCGAUUUUGCCACUGGGAGACCUUGGGGUUUACAUGUACAGCGUGAUCGAUCCCCUAUCUAUGACCGCAGGAAAAAUGGGGAACCGCAAGCUUUUGAUCCCCGACUUGAAACGCAGAGACAAAGCGCGAGGAAGGACAAUGAAAGAGGAAAGGAGGAGGGAUCGCGAAAAUCCAGUGAAAAGAAGACGAAGUCUGAGAGUGAUAAAGGUCGUAAGGAUCAACCAACUAAAAAAGAAAGCAGUAGAACACAGAAAGAUGAUAAAGACAAAGUAAAGAAAGAAAAGACUAAGAGUAAAGGGCAUAUUCAUGAAAAUUCUGCUCGUGAUAAAAAUGGUAGGGAGCGAGAUGGUGGGGAAAAGGACAAGAAGUCUCGUGACAAAGAAAAGGAAAAGGACAGAGUUAGUCGCAAUAAGCAUGGACAUGAUAGAGAUAAAGAUCAAAGCAAGCAAAAGGAAAGAGAAAGGAGCCGGGAAAGAGAUCGAAGUCGGAAAGACCAUGAGCAUCGAAGUAGAGAAAGGGAUAGACACAGAAGUCGCGACAGAGAGCGUAGUCGUGAUCGGGGUCGUGAGCGGAGUAGAGAUAAGCACCAUAAAAGAGGUAGCGAACGUGAACAUAGUAGGAGCAAAGAGGAUCAUAGUCGAAGCAGGCACAGGUCGCGGAGUCGAGAUCGUGAAAGGAGUCGGAAGCGAGAUAGGAGCAGUGAAAGCGACCGUGUUUCAUCAAAAGACAGGAGGAGAGAUAGGUCUAGGGAUAGGGGCCGAGAUAGAAGUCGCGAAAAGGCAGCACAUCGAGAUCAUGAUAAGUCGAAAGAUAGGGAAAGGACUAGGGAAAUUGUCAAAAAGACUGAGGAAAGAAAGUCUGUAUCCUCUGUUAAAGUCCCUCAGAGAAAGGAACGUGGUAAGGUUACCGUUGAUGCUUCUGGAGUUCGUAAAAUCUUGUUAGGAGAGAAAGCCAAGCCAAAGGAGCCUAAAAAGGUUGUUGAGAAACCAAUACCAGUAAUUGCUAAAGUGGACAAAGUUAAAGUCAAGAAGGUCAAGAAAGAGAAGACGGGAGUCGAGGGCAAAGUGGAAAAGAAAGUGAAGAAAACAAAAUUAAAGGGCGAGAAGAAGGUAACUAAAGGUAAAAAGAAGAAGGUAGUUUCUAAGCGACCGCUGUCUUUCGAUGUGGAUGAAAUUUCAGCACCAACCAAAAAGAAAAAGGCUCCAGCUCCUGUCGAGCAAGCACCGAAGGCUGAAGACAUUGUUCUGAAGCCACCGAGUCCUUUGAAAUUUGAUGAUGAUGAUGCUGAUGACAUGAUACCUGUGCCUUCUACCACACGUAGCGGGUCCUGCACUCCCGACCUUUACAUUGAUAUUGCUGCUCCUGACAGCGAUCUAUCAAGGACAGUCACAGAGCCUUCAAAGCCGCUGCCAAAGCCCAAAUCACCAGCGGAUGUUGCAGUUGCUGAUAGCAGUCAUCUUGAGACAGAUAUGUACGAUCCCUUCAACCCAACUGCAUCUCCUCCAUCAGGUAUCAAGUCUCCAUCACCAAUCGUAUCGGAAGCAUCGCCUCUCCACGACACUGCCACGUCUUCAUCCGUGGAGGUGUUCAAACGGGCCGCAACCCCUCCUCCGGAAGUGCCUCCGAACCCGACAUCCACCACGGACGUCUCCAGCUCGGACAUGGCCACCAAUCCACCUCAGCAGGGCAUGACCAACGAAGACCGUCUCAUGCUGGCAUCCCAGGCCAGUCAACAGAUCACCAAGAUCCUCAACCAGCUGGCUACCGUUCCUGUCGCCAAGCCGAGAGUCUCGCCGGAGUCGCCCAUCGAGCAAGCCAUGUCUUCGGCUUCCAUCGAGCUUGGGCUUUCCCCGGAGCACAUAGGUGGGUCGAGCAUCUCUGUCAGCUCCCUGGGAUCAGAGAAGAGUUACAAAGUGGAUCCGAUCAUCCCGCAGGACAAUAUUGGAGAUGCGCAGGAGGAUGACAUAGAGAUGUCUGCCGUUGACCUUUACAACAAGAACAGUAGGGACAGGUAUUUGAAGAAGCUCUACCAUCAAGAGAGGGUCGUUGAGGAGGUAAAGUUAGCCAUCAAACCUCACUACCAACGUAAGGUCAUCAAUAAAGAAGAUUAUAAAGAGAUCCUCAGAAAAUCAGUCAAUCAGGUUUGUCAUAGCAAGACUGGAGAGAUCAACCCAGUCAAGAUCCGCCGCCUCAUCGACGGCUACGUCAAGAAAGUCCAGCACAAGAACAAGAAACCUGGCGACAAAUUGGGCAAGCUAGGUGGAGGGUCCGCAGGAAAGACGACCUUCAAGUCAUCCUCGAAAGGAUCGAGCAAAAGCUCUAGCAAGAGCGGCAGCAAGACUACCAGGGAGCCGGCUAGCGCUUCCAAGCUGAUCGAAAAAGGGAGAAGUCUUGGGCUGAAGUCGAAGUAAAAAAACAGUUUUACAAAUUCACAAUAGUGGUGGUAAACCUAUCGGCCAGUUGCUUUGAGGAUGAUCGAAAAAAAGGGAGAAGUCCUGAGUUCAAGUCAAAGUAAAAAAACAGAUUUACUAAUUCACAAAAAGACUAUCGGUCAAUGCUUUGAGAGGAUAAUUAAGAAGGGAAGAGGCUUUGGAUUCUAGUCAUAGUAAAAAGGUAUUCAUAAUUAUAAAAUUGCCAAGUACUUUUACCGUCAACUUGUGAUACCGGUCCCUAUUCAGCUUGACCUGGUAUUUUUCAUCGUCCUAUCAGCUAUAUGUAAAUCGAAAAGCAUUUAAUUCGAAAUUUGGGUGGAUGACCUUUCCUUUUUUACUGUCAUAACGAAAAACUUCCAUUUGAGAACA